AUGAACGGGACCAACCCUCUGCUCUCAAAGGAAGAGAACACGGCACAGAUGAUCGAGCCUCCGACAGAAGAGGAGAUGAACCAGGCUAUUACGGGGAACUUUGGUCGGCUCAUGACAGUGAUGAAAGCCGUCAAGAACUUCAAACGGCUUGUCGAUCCAACCAAGACAGCUCCAGCCAUGCAGAGUAUUUUAGGCGGAGAUGCACAGUUCGUUGCGCCGCCGAUGGAAAUGGACGAGAGCGAAGACUUUCCCUCUGUCGGACUCGACCCCAAUGCACACAGCCAUAGCAGCCACGGCCUAAAUGCAGGCGUUCGGAAGUUUUGGGGGAGACACCGAGAAGACUCUGGAGCAACGGGGACCAGCGAUUCAGCAAGCUUCUCCUUUCGGCCAGAGCACAGCCCAGCAAGCAGCCGUCUACCCAGCGGUGUCUUCGAACCAGAGCGAAAAGACUCCGGCUCCGUGCGAAGCGGGCGAUCCCCCGGAAAAGUAGACGAAAGACCACACUCUCAAUCCGGAUCAAUCCCCCUCUCACGCGCCAGCUCCGCAACCACCAAGCGCAGUAUAGAAGGGACAAGAGGACACGCCCGGGAUCCCCUGGAAGAAGACUGGCCAUACCUCUUCAUUGGACCCUCAACGUACACAGGGACGUCGCCACAGACAGAAACCAACACCAAGGAGAGCUUACUCAUCUUCGCCGAACCAGAAACCACAGAAGACGACCCUACGCAAGUCUCGGAGCCAAUGCCCAUUGUCAGCGAAUCCCCCGGCGCAGCAGACUUCGACAUCUACGAAACAGCCUACAGCCAGGAACUCGAGCGCAUCAAAUCCAAUCUCUUGACGCAAACGGCCCCCGGCGCCGGUCCAAAGGUCUACCUUACCCGUCGCGUGGAGGGUAAAGACGAAGUGAUGAAAUUCGUCAAAGACAAGACACUCAAUCUGCAGGUGGGACAGAAGAAGGUCUCUAGUCCAUCGCCUGUGCGCGGGCCUUCGACGGCGUUCGGGGCGGCGGUUAGUAUGUUGCGAAAUCAGAUUCAACAGCAGAAGGAGCAGGCUGAACGGGAGGAGUUGUCUGAGGCUGAGGUGGAACAACCCCAGCAAAGGUCCGAGGAUUGUGGUGAGAGACGUCCUGCGCAGCCGCUCUCGUCGCAGCCUAUUACCGCAGAACCGUCUUCGCUUGAGGCUACGGGGGUUCCUGCUUCGGAAGGGGCGGGAAAUUCGACGGCGCAGCUUAGGAGGUUGCUUGGGAUGGUGAAGGAGAAGGGGGGAUGA